CAUAAGUGAAAGCAGCAGCUUGUAUCGAGCAUCCCACUAAUUCGCUUCGAUUUCAACCAGCGAUCCAAAACAAUCCCCCAAGAACCGGAUCAUUCAAACAGACAACGAACAACACUUACCGGAAAAAAACAACAACACUAAAACUCAUCGUCUCGUCAUCUUUCUAUACCCCUCUUGGCAAUGGUUUCCUACCGAGCGUACAGAGCGCCCGGCAUGCCGAAAAACUUCUACGCCCCGCCCUCGGCCCCACAACCAGCGCCGUACACGGCUUACGCCGGCCCGCCGGGCAAGCCCGACAUCCUCAGCCGCCAGCUCGCCGCGCUGCCCCUCAUGGCGCUGCUCUACACCGCCGCCGUGCCGUUCACGCCGGUCACGUGGGUUCUCGACAUCGACGGAAGCUCCCUCUUCGACCGCCUCUUCGCCGGCAUCGUCAUGCUCUCGGCAUGCUACUUUCAGUGGCGCAUCGCCGGCCUGACGUCUCCCCGCGCCGUCUUCCUUCCCGGGGUCGCCGAGACCAGGAUCAGAAACGGGCGGAUCGAGCAGGCGGGGUCGGGCGCGGGGUUCGUCUGGCACCCGGGGAACUACUGGCCGUGCGUCAUCUGCGAGGCAAUGCUCCUCUGCGUCGCCGAGUUCGGGGGCAGCGAGCUGCUGAGGAGGUGCAUCGUUUGCGGCGUUGUUGCUGGGUUGUGGAUCGUCGGGUACCACGCGACACCCGAGUCGACGAGGCGGUGGGCCUAUGAGAGAAUCAAGUCCUGGCUGUUCUGGAUGGUGCUAGAUGAGAUGAUGCGCGUCGGGGGGAGGAGCUACAGCGCACGGCGACGGAGAUGAGCACCCCGUGCGUACUUUGCUCU